AUGUCUAUUGAGAACUUGAAGUCAUUCGACCCAUUUGCUGACACUGGUGAUGAUGAAGGUACUACAGCUAACUACAUCCAUAUUCGUAUCCAACAAAGAAAUGGUAGAAAAACUUUAACAACUGUUCAAGGUGUUCCUGGAGAAUAUGAUCAAAAAAGAAUUUUGAAAGUUUUAAAGAAAGAUUUUGCAUGUAACGGUAAUAUCGUUAAGGACUCUGAGAUGGGUGAAAUCAUCCAAUUACAAGGUGAUCAAAGAGCUAAAGUUAGUGAAUUUUUAACAACACAACUUGGUAUGCAAAAGAAAAACAUCAAAAUUCACGGUUUUUAA